CAAACGAUUCUCAAACAAAUUUCCAUGGAAAAUCUUCAAUCCCGCAAGACUCUCUCCUCUCUCUAUCUCCUCCUCUUCCAUCUUCUCCAAUUCUCAUCUCUUUCACUUCUCUCAUCAUCUUACACUCUUCCAGACAAGUACUUCAUCAACUGUGGCUCUGACUCCAACUCCACACUCAACCGCCGAAACUUUGUCGGCGACGUCAACUCCACCUUCUCCUCCGCAGCCGGAGGCCAAACCAGCGCCGUCUCAACCACCAAUUCAUCAACAACAAUCGAAUUAUAUCGGACGGCUAGAAUCUUCAAAAACGCAUCUUCAUACGAGCUCGAAAUUUCCCAAAUCGGCACUUACACGGUACGCUUUCAUUUCUACGCUUUCAACAAUCUCUCCGACGCUCAAUUCAACGUUUCGGCUUCUGGGUUUUCGCUGCUAUCAAAUUUCACAUCAUUAAAAAACUCACCGGAAAUCAAGGAAUUCUUAUUCACCAUCGAAACAAGAAAAUUCACGAUCGAUUUCAAACCUUCUAAAAACUCAUCGUUUGCUUUUGUAAACGCACUCGAAGUUUUUCUCGUCCCAGACAAUUUCAUCGUAAAUUCCAUGAUUCGUGUUUCUUCUUCUGGAAGCAACAGUACUUACGACGGCUUGCUCUCUCGCGUUCUUCAUCCGGUUCAUCGGAUUAAUGUUGGAGGUGGCGCACUCUCACCGGAAAAUGACACACUGUGGAGGAAUUGGGUACCAGAUGAUGGGUUUCUAUAUUCAGUCAUCGCUGCGAAGAACAGCAGUUUCUAUAGCAAUAGGCCCAAUUAUCAGGAAGGAGGAGCUACUGAUUAUAUUGCUCCUGAUCUUGUUUAUAAGACUGCUAAAGAAAUGAAUAUAGAUCCUGGAAGGUUAUCCAAUUUUUUCAACAUAACAUGGAAUUUCAAUGUGAGUAAGAAUGUUCCACAUCUCGUUCGGGUUCAUUUUUGCGACAUAAUAAGCUCGUCCAAUGACAUUUUCAGGUUCAAUCUCUACGUGUUUGAUACGUUCAGUCAGAAAAUUGAUCCGUAUGAGGUUAUUCCCCAAUUGGCAGCUCCGUUUUACAAAGAUUUUGUGGUUGAUUCCGAUGAUUUUGGAUUUAUAAAUGUCAGCAUUGGCCCACGGCAGGAUUCAAAUAACCAAACUGCUUUUUUAAAUGGGCUAGAGAUCAUGGAGAUAAUAGGGGGAUUGAGUCCUGGUUUGAAAAAACUGUCGAAGACACAUCUUGUUUUUGUCAUAGUUGGUUCAGUUCUUGGAGGUGUGGCUUCUGUGUUUUUAUUUAUUGCGGUGUUUGUUGUUAGAUAUAAAUUCAGGAAAGCCAAACCUGUUGAGAAUUCGGAUUGGCAGACCAUUCCCUCUCCGGUUUGCAAUCUGAAUCUCGGGUUGAAGUUAUCUCUUUCUGAAAUUCAGUACGCAACUAAAAAUUUCAACUCCAAGUUGAUGAUAGGUGAGGGCGGGUUUGGAAAAGUUUAUAGAGGAACUCUUCGGAGCGGUGAAAAAGUUGCUGUCAAAAGAAGUCAGCCAGGGCACGGCCAGGGCCUUCCAGAAUUCCAGACAGAGAUCAAGGUCUUGUCAAAAAUUCGUCACCGCCAUCUUGUUUCCUUAAUUGGGUACUGUGAUGAAGAAUCCGAGAUGAUCCUUGUUUAUGAGUUCAUGCAAAAGGGUACUCUGAGGAGUCAUCUGUAUAAUUCAAAUGAGGAUUUGGAUAAAUCAUCUUCGGAGUCAAAAUUAUCAUGGAAUCGAAGACUUGAGAUAUGCAUUGGGACUGCCAAGGGUCUACACUAUCUUCACAGAGACCGAGGCAUAAUUCACCGCGAUGUCAAGUCAACAAACAUCUUGCUCGAUGAUGAUUAUGUCGCUAAAGUUGCUGAUUUUGGUUUAUCGAGAUUAGAAGCUCUCGAUCAAACCCAUGUCAGCACAGAAGUGAAGGGCAGUUUUGGGUAUCUUGAUCCCGAGUACUUCAAAUUCUUCCAAUUAACUCAAAAAUCCGAUGUGUACUCAUUUGGCGUGGUUCUGCUAGAAGUGCUAUGUGCAAGGCCGGCCAUUAACAAGAAGCUUCCAUGGGAGCAAGUGAGCUUGGCGGCAUGGGGCUUGUCUUGUCAAAAAAAAGGACUGCUCUGGAAAAUCGUUGAUCCAUUGAUCGCAGGGAAUAUUAGUCCCAAUUCGCUGAGAACGUUUGGGGAAAUUGUGGACAAGUGUUUGAAAGAGUACGGAGUUGAGAGGCCGAGCAUGGCUGAUGUUUUGUGGGACUUGGAAUAUGCACUGAAACUUCAACAGACUGCAACGCACAGAGAACCUCAUGAGGAUAGCACAACGGACGUAUCGUGGGUGUUGCCGGUGCCUAGUGUUCAUCGGUUACCUUCUGAUAGCAUGACAAUCGAUGAAGAUGGUGUGACCGUGGAUGAUUUUGGGAAUACAGGUGCGGAUACAGUUACAGAUACAUGUGCGUUCCAAGUAUUUUCGCAGUUGAGGAUUCACGAUGCCAGAUAGUUAUGUAGAAUUUUGAAAUUAGAUAGAUAAAUGUUAGUGGAUUAAAAAAUACUAAUGUUGUGUUUAGUUGGGAGAUUUGGGAAGGAAUUUAGAAAUAGAAAGGGAAAAUGUGUGUGAAACUAGGUGAAAUGUAAGUAUAUUUUAUUCAUAUUUCACUUAACUUUUCCUUUUUCAUUUCCAAAUCUCUCAUCAAAUCCCCCAACCAAACACAGCAUAAGAAGUGUAUUCGUCUCAUAAUUUGUAAUUUGGAUUAAAAAAUGCUAAGUAGUGUAUUCGUCUCAUAAUUUGUAAUUUUUACUAUUAGUCAGUUGUUUUUAUCUAUCAAUUGAAAUUAUGUCUA